AUGAAAAACUACAUUCCCAAACCAUUUUACCCUGUAAAUCUCAGACCACUAGGAAAGGAUCCAGCUCAUUUUGUUGACUUCUUUUUAUGCAAAAAGUUAAGACUUCCCAGUGAUGCAUUUUUCUUGGACAUGUUUAAGUGGAAGCUGGACGACGAUCUUGAUGUGACCAACUCGGGACGCUUUAAUGCAGUCACAAAUGAUGGUGCACUAUCGUGUGCAGAUGAAGGCGGGUUUGACGAUCCAGAUCCAUAA